UAUUGGAUACCGGGGGAAACUAAAGUUGUAAUCAAUGUUAUUUUGUCAUCCCACGCUGAUAUAAAAGAUCCCUUUAAUACUUGCUAAGUAUGGCUGUGGCUCGAUCAGUGAAGGUGGACUUGGGAGAGCCUGAGCAAGAAAAAGAACUCAGUCUGAUGGAAAAAUGGAGGAGACAUGUGGAGGAAAAGAAAAAAUCAGGCCAUGAAGCAAAAGUUGGAAGAGCUCUAGCUACCACUGUCCUGGCAUUUCAAGUCCCCUCUCAGCUGUAUUUAUUCAUGUAUUAUAUAAUUCCAUAUUUAUUUAUGGACUUUGAUCCAUGGUUUCAGUAUUACCUGAAAGUUUUCAUUGUUGUGACCUCUUUAGAAUUUUUGGCAAACUUUCUCUGUGUUCAGCUGUAUGACACAAAAUACAGGAUAUCAAAAGACAACCCACAACCGAGAGAAAUCCAUGACCGCUGGAACAACCCCCCAGAAAAAUUUGUUCCUCUCCAGCUGUACAAUAAUGGGGUAUCUAAUGGAGAUCUCAGAGACAAGCAUGGAGGGCUGCCCUGGUCACACUGUGAUAUCUGUAAGAUGGAUAUCCCUCCCCGGGCCCAUCACUGUAAUUUCUGUAAGGCUUGCAUCCUGAAACGCGACCAUCACUGCUUUUUUGUUGGGACCUGUAUUGGCUUCAGAAAUCAGAGAUAUUUUGUUAUAAUGGCAUUCUACACCUUUAUAAAUGGACUUGGUGGUGGGAUCUUUACGUUGAAAUAUCUUAGUGACAUAUACUGGCCUAGUGCUUCCUGGACAGACUUUGUCCUUCCCAUCACUGUCUACAGAACUCUGUUUGACAAUAUCCCUCUUCAUAUCGGCAUCAUGAUCUACCACUGCUAUGCCGAGUUCCUGUUUGGUUCCGUAGGAUUAUUCUAUUUCCUGUCACAGAUGUUAAUCAUUGGCCAAGGAAAAACUCUGUAUGAACUGGCACACGAAAUUCCUGUCAAGAGCCUUAACUCUGUCAAUGCAAAUUUUGUCUCUGUGUUGGUCAAUAUGGCGGUGGCCAGAAGUGUAACAGUGGACGUCCAGUCGACCGCCGAAGAAGAAGAACCCAAAUCCUUAAUGGAAAAAUUCAGGAAGCAUAUUGAAGAAAAGAAAAAGAAAGGACAUCACGGUAAAUACGGGAUGUACUACUGCUGGGCAUUGUGGGUAUUCCAGACCCCCACCCAGUUAUACAUGGCCUAUUAUUACGUCAUUCCGUACCUCCUUCACGACUUCACCGACUGGACCCAGUACUACGUUAAGGUGAUCUAUACCAUUUGUGCCAUACAGACACUCGGAAAUCUUGUGUGCACCACACUGUACAGUACUAAAUACGAGAAAUCCCGAGAUAAACCUGACGUUCAGGGGAUCAGAGAACGCUGGGAGAACCCCCCUGACCAGUUUCUGCCCCUGAAUGGUACUCCCAACGGACACCUACCGGAUGAUGGGGGUCUGCCGUGGACGUACUGUGACGAAUGCGACAUGAUGAAACCUCCCAGAGCACAUCAUUGUAAAUGUUGUAGAGCUUGUAUUCUAAAAAGAGACCAUCACUGUUUUGUUGUGGGGAAGUGUAUUGGACAUUAUAACCAGCGUUAUUUCGUGGUACUGACAUUUUAUGCGACUAUUGUUGGAUGGGCGGGUAUAAUAUCUACCUUUGCCUAUCUCCACAUGUUUUACUGGUCAGAUUCCGUAUGGACGGAUUACGUAUUUCCGGUUACAAUAUUCAGGGGAGUGUUUGGAACGAUCCCGCCCCACAUUACCAUAAUGAUCAUCCACAUGUAUACAGCCUCAUUUAUUGGAAUCUUGGGCUUUUUCUAUUUCUCUUCACAACUGACCAUAGUGUCUAAAGGUAUUACUUUGUAUGAGUUAGCAAAACAAGUUCCAAUCAGGAACACAAACUCCGUUAAUGCGAACUUUGUGACAGUAUUUGGAAACUUUUGGUUCCUUAAUUUUUUCUUUCCCAUGACAAUUUUGUUUCCCGUGAAAGAAGAUGGUACAUAUUGGAAAGGAGUGAAGUUAGAUCAUAACGGCAAUUACAAAGAAUCUUAAUAGAACUCACUGCAUACUGGAAAGAAAUGCAAUAGGCUUCGGU